UGCAUUUUGGAUGUGAUUUUGUGUUUUUCUCAGCUGGCGGUCGGAGUUAAUAUCUUGUUGUCUUCGGUUUGCGUGCUUUUAGUCCGGUCCGGUUCGGUUACGAAAUCACUCAAAAACCGCUUCCAAAAAUCAACAUUUUUUUUGGGCGAAAGUUUGGGCCCUGAGCAGCCGGUUUGAGCUGCAGCGAGAAAACCCCUUUUGCGAUAAUGUAGCUUUAGUUGUUGCGUAGUAUUGGAAGAGAGCAGCUCGUGCCGCGUGAAUCGUUUGCAAACUGCUCUAUUUAGUAAAACGGUUGACGGGAGUGUUAGUGUCUGCUAUCGGUGGCAACUGAUAAGAAUACCUUCACAUUCUGACCGGGUGGAUAACCGAAUUAUCCACACACAGGUCAUACGGUGUCGUGCUGAACCGUUCGCGUGUGUUCCAGACGGGAAAGAAGGAAGCUCGAGCAGUCAGUGUGCAUAAUCGAAGCAAUACGUGUGUGUCCCAUUAGUCGGUGACGAGGAGACGGCCGGCGACGAAACGAUCGAUCAGCUCUCCUCCACGCAGGUCACUUCGUCAUCGCACACGCUGCUGCGGCAAGUUGGGUGGAAUAGGGACCGCACCUCGUGCUCAGUUAGUGUUCAAUCACUUCUCGCUCUUAUCGGGUCGCACAAAGGUGCGUUCCGGAGCGAUUUCAAUCGAGUCAAGAUUCUGCCAACCAGGAGAAAAAUGGUCAACGCGUACGACAUAUUCAGUGGAGUGUGCGUUUUCGUCGUGUCGGUGCAGUUGCUGCGGAAGGUGUUCCCAUGGAUUUACGAAAAUUUGCUCGGACCGAAACUGUUCGGUUCCGGCGUGAAGCUGCGCGAGAUGGGAUCCUGGGCAUUGGUCACCGGAGCAACGGAUGGAAUCGGCAAAGCCUACGCCAAAGCGCUCGCCAAAAAGGGCCUCAAUGUGGUGCUGGUCAGUCGAACCUUGUCCAAGCUUGAAGAUGUUGCCAAGGAAAUUGAGUCGGAGUCCAAAGUCCAAACGAAAGUCAUCACCGCAGAUUUUACCGCCGGGCCGGAGAUCUACGAAUCGAUCGCCAAGCAGACAAGCGGAUUGGAAAUCGGCGUCCUGGUGAACAACGUCGGCAUGAGCUACUCCAAUCCGGAACGAUUCCUCGAGAUACCCGACCAAGAAAAGGUGGUAGCCAACCUGGUAACGUGCAACAUCUUUUCCGUAACGCGCAUGUGCGGCCUCUACCUUCCGGGUAUGGUCGAACGCCGGAAGGGCGUCGUCAUCAACAUCUCGUCCCUGUCGGCGGUCAUCCCCACUCCGAUGCUGACGAUCUACGCCGCCUCCAAAGCGUUCGUUGAUAAGUUCAGCGAUGAUCUCGGCACGGAGUACGCCAAACAUGGCAUCCUGGUUCAGUCGGUCCUGCCCGGUCCGGUUGCCACCAACAUGUCCAAGAUUCGACGGUCCACGUGGAUGGCUUGUUCGCCGAAGACUUUCGUGUCCAAUGCGCUGAACACGUUGGGCACUGCGUCCCAUACAACCGGUUACUACCCGCACUCACUGCUGCAGCUCGGCAUCGAUAUGUUGGGACUGAUCUCGCCAACGGUUUCCCGCAAAAUCACCCUGAAAACCAUGGAGAACAUUCGGGCUAGGGCAGUGAAGCGGGCAGCAAACAAGGGGGAGUCCAGCAAGUGAUAGGUACAUAAAUUUAAUUGGAACGUUAUGAUAUUGCAAUCAUACAGGUUAAAGCGCGAAACGCUCUCGGAUUUCCACGUAGGAAUAAAUGUUGUAGUUCAACUUAUUCUAAAACCGUUGACAACUCGUAGCUUAAUCCAAUAAUCCACACAGACUUCUGAGUGAUAAUGGUAGGUUAUUUAUGACUUUUAGCGCUUGUCGAUUUCAGUUCAAACCAACAGAGUGUGUGGCAUUUGUUAUGGUACGUGUAGAUCAUAUGUUGCAUUAAUUGCAUUAAUAAAAUAUGAAUAAAAUUAAUUAUUAUAGAUUAAAGGUUCAGUUACCUUGACAAAUUUA